CGCACGAACAAGUGCGCUGCGCCGAGGGCGCCGGCUGGGGGCGAGCAGACCUCGAGCAGCCGCCGGCGCCGCAGCCGUUGCUGUCUCCGCAGCGCAGUGGGGUUCAGAGGCCCAGAAGGUGGUGACCGAGGAUGUCGUCCACCGCGGCUUUUUGCCUCCUCUCUACCCUGGGAGGGUAUCUGGUCACCUCGUUGUUGUUGCUUAAAUAUCCGACGUUGCUGCACCAGAAAAAGAAACAGCGAUUCCGCUGUAGGCACAUCUCUCACCGCGGAGGUGCUGGAGAAAACCUGGAGAACACAAUGGCUGCCUUCCAGCACGCAGUUAACAUUGGAACCGAUAUGUUAGAACUGGACUGCCAUAUCACAAAAGAUGAGCAGGUUGUCGUGUCACAUGACGCAAAUCUGAAGAGGGCAACCGGGAUCAACGUAAACGUCUCUGAUCUCAAAUACUGUGAGCUCCCACCUUACCUUUGCAAACUGGAUGUCCCAUUUCAGAGAGCAUGCAAGACUGAGGGAAAAGAUAACCGAAUCCCAUUGCUGCAGGAAGUGUUUGAGGCUUUUCCUGACACUCCCAUUAACAUCGACAUCAAAGUCAACAACAAUGUGCUGAUUAAGAAGGUCUCGGAACUGGUGAAACAGUAUAAGCGAGAGCACCUGACCGUGUGGGGCAAUGCCAGCUCUGAAAUUGUAGACAAGUGUUACAAAGAGAACUCAGCUAUCCCUAUACUCUUCAGCCUGCAGCGCGUCCUCCUCAUCCUCGGCUUUUUCUUCACCGGCCUCCUGCCCUUCGUGCCCAUUCGAGAACAGUUCUUUGAAAUCCCAAUGCCUUCUAUCAUCCUGAAGUUAAAAGAACCACACACUAUGUCCAAAGGUCACAAGUUUCUCAUCUGGCUUUCUGAUACCUUACUAAUGCGGAAAGCUUUGUUUGACCACCUCACCGCCCGGGGCAUCCAAGUAUACGUUUGGGUUUUAAAUGAAGAACACGAGUACAAAAGGGCUUUUGACUUGGGAGCCACUGGAGUGAUGACGGACUACCCGACAAAGCUUAAGGACUUCCUAAAUAAUUUUUCAGCAUAAAAAAAAAAAAAAAGUACUCCAAAUCAUUCACAGGAGACACGACAUGAAAAGAUCGGAAGAAAGGUGCGUCGCCAUGGUUUCCUUGAGAGUUCCAGAAUGGUAAAAGGUUUAACUAGUCCAGUUUUUAUUACCUCAUU